AGUAUUGAAUGACAAGGGUCUAGAGAACUAUAGGUUAAAAAAAAAAAUUAUGAAGAUUUAUACGGUAUGGAAUAAUAAUAAUGGUAUAAAUAAACAUAAGAUUUGUGCAAGAAAAGGUGUGACGAAGCAUGUUGAUCGUACCAAGAAUUAUGGUUCGUGUACAAUGGAGAUCCCUCAGCUACUACCAUGGUCAUCAUCUACAUAAAAAGAACCAUCUUCACCUUCCACUUCCAUUCUCUCCAACAUUCUACCUCGCUCCUAUCUGCAACAACCUCGACACUGUCAAAAAGCUCCACGCUUCUCUCCUCGUCCACGGUCUCCCCCCCGACACCAACCUCCUCUCUCUAUACGCCUCCUUCGGCUUCCUCCGCUACGCUCGCACUCUCUUCCACCGUUUACCUUCUCAUAACCUCUACUCCUUCAAACUCAUCAUUCGUUGGCAUUUCCUCAACGACAUCCAUUCUUAUGUCGUUUCAUUUUACCACCUCGCUAGACUCACCCUCGGUUUCUUCAACGACCUCGUCGUUUUCUCCAUUCUACUUAAGGCUUCUUCACACUUACGCGAUCUUGUUCUCACUACAAGACUCCACUGUCAUAUUCUUAAAGCCAAUAGUCCUGAUAGCUUUGUACUCACUAGUCUCGUUGAUGCUUACUCUAAAUGCGGUGAACUUCACUAUGCGCGUAAAGUGUUCGAUGAAAUUCCUGAUCGAACCAUUGUGUCGUGGACUUCCAUGAUUGUUGCUUAUGUGCAAAACGACUGUGCUGAAGAAGGGUUGAUGUUGUUUAACCGAAUGAGGGAAGGGUUUGUUGAUGGAAAUUUGUUUACUGUUGGAAGCUUGGUUACUGCUUGUACCAAAUUGGGGUGUUUGCAUCAAGGGAAGUGGGUUCAUGGAUAUGUUAUUAAGAAUGGGAUUCAGAUUAAUUCUUUUUUGGCAACUUCUCUUUUGAAUAUGUAUGUUAAAUGUGGUGACAUUGGAGAUGCACGUUAUGUGUUUGAUGAGUUUUCAAUUUCGAAUUUUGAUGAUGAUGAUCUUGUUUUCUGGACGGCUAUGAUUGUGGGGUAUACACAAAGAGGUUAUCCUCAAGCUGCGUUGGAACUGUUUACUGAUAAGAAAUGGUAUAGGAUUUUGCCCAAUUCUGUUACCCUUGCAAGUUUGCUCUCUGCUUGUGCUCAAUUGGAAAAUAUUGUUAUGGGAAAGUCACUUCAUGUUCUGGUAGUUAAGUAUGGAUUGGAUGGUACUUCAUUGAGGAAUGCUCUUGUUGAUAUGUAUGCAAAAUGUGGAUUGAGUUUUGAUGCGCGUUAUGUGUUUGAAACUACAGUCGAUAAGGAUGUUGUUUCUUGGAACUCGGUUAUUUCUGGCUAUGCACAGAGUGGUUCUGCAUAUGAAGCUCUUGAUCUCUUCCAUAGAAUGAGAUUGGAGUCGUUUUCGCCAGAUGCGGUUACAGUGGUUGGUGUUCUCUCGGCUUGUGCUUCUGUUGGUGCUCUUCAAAUUGGUUCCUCCCUACAUGCUUUCGCAUUCAAGUAUGGCUUGGUAUCCUGUAGCAUCUAUGUUGGCACUGCGCUGCUCAACUUUUAUGCAAAAUGUGGGGAGGCUAACUUGGCUCGCAUGGUGUUUGAUACGAUGGGAGAGAAGAAUGCAGUGACGUGGAGUGCAAUGAUUGGUGGGUGUGGUAUGCAAGGUGAUGGAGUUGGAUCUCUUGCUCUAUUUAGGGAUAUGUUGAAAGAGAAACUUGUGCCUAAUGAAGUGGUCUUCACAACUAUAUUAGCAGCUUGCAGCCAUUCAGGGAUGGUUGGAGAGGGAUUGAGGUUAUUUGAUUUCAUGUGUAAGGAGUUAAAUUUUGUUCCUUCCAUGAAACAUUAUGCAUGUAUGGUUGAUCUGUUGGCACGUGCUGGCAACCUCAAAGAAGCAUUGGAUUUUAUUGACAAAAUGCCUGUUCAACCCGGUGUUGGUGUGUUUGGAGCUUUUCUCCAUGGAUGUGGACUUCAUUCCAAUUUUGAUUUCGGAGAAGUGGCAAUUAGGAGAAUGUUGGAGUUGCACCCUGAUCAAGCUAGUUACUAUGUGCUCAUCUCAAACCUGUAUGCUUCAGAUGGAAGAUGGGGCAUGGUCAAGCAAGUAAGAAAGAUGAUAAAGCAAAGAGGAUUGAACAAGGUCCCUGGUGUUAGUUUAGUGGAGAUGGAUGUCAACAAUAGUACAUAUACCAAUGUGGCAGUUUGACCACUAUCACCUUUGUUCAUGAAUAUGUGAUCGUAAAGCAGAACUGCCUGCUUAACAAGUGGUUGGACAGACUGGUUUCACAAUCACCCUGCAGAAAAUGUAAAAGUUCCGAAAACGAGUCUCAUAAAACUGGAGAUAACCGUUUGAGCUUAAGACUCAAUGAGCUUGGCAGAAGCUGAUGAUUCUGAUGAGCCAAGUGACCAAAAGGUCAGCAUAGAGUCAGUAAAUGGCCUUGCGGAAGAAGCAAAUUUGUCUAACUCGAGGGGUUCCAUAAACCCGUGAAACUUUCGUAGACUGGAUUCUAAGAAUAUACCUAAUAUUAAAGAAACGUAUAAAUGAUGGCAUUGACUCGUAAGAGAACAAUGACACACAUGGACAUGUUCUGUGUUAGAGUGAUUAUGGAAGAGAUGAGGGAUGGUAAAUUUACGUGAGAUAUGUGUAUAUCUUAAUCUAGAUGCAAAGCUGAAAGUAGAUUGAUAUGAAUGCUUAUGGUAUGUUUGAUUUGUGUCUGUCAUUAAAACGAGGGAAUGUAGGUUGUAUAAUGGUCGUGCUCAACAAAUACUGGAUGGUUUCUAAAAAAGUAGUGCAUUUAGCUCGUUCAAGA